AUGGCAACUUCAAAUGCUGCUUUCACCAAGAAACUGAGGGUAUGUUUAUGUCCAUUAUGUUUAUAUUAUUUUAUAUUGUAAUUGCAACUUUUUUCUAGGGGAUCUAACGUGUUUAAAAGAGCUUUAUUAAUCUAAUUUUUGUUGUGGUUUUUUAAUUAAUUAAUAUCUACUUUUUAAAUUAUUGGUUCAGCUAGCUAUAAAAGCAAAAAUAAAUGAACUUGGGGUAGAUGCUGAUGAUGAACUCCCGGACUAUGUUAUGGUGUUGGCAGCAAACAAGAAGGAUAAGAAGUUGAUGCGCGAUGACCUUAAUAUAUUUUUGGGUAAAAGUACCACGACUUUUGUAGAUUGGUACGUUCUAGACAUCUUUAUUGGCUUUUUAUGUAAAUAUAUUAAUUUUUGUAAUUGUGUAUUCGAUCUUGUUAUAACAUAUCUUUUCAGGUUGUUCGAUGCGUUUGAACGGAUACAAAAGGGUGUGGGAGCGGCUAAACAGCCUGAACCGGAAAAGUAAGUUAACAUGUUUUAGAUUUAUUUUGUUUUUAGAAAGCUGUCAGAUAGCAUAAAGAGCCUGCCAUCAGAAGAAGGAGAUGCUAUGUCAAAGUUUAACAGAGGAAAGAACCAUCGAGUAGAAGAAGAACACGAAGAGGACAAAAAGAAGAAGAAAGCAAAGAAAAAGAAGUCUAAAAAAGAAGUAGGUUAUCAAAUCUUUUUUGAUAAUCAGUAGACGAUUUUAUGAUAAAACUAACUUAUUAUAUUGCUUAUAAGUAAACUUGGUCUGGGAGCUGUUGCUUUCUUUACAGUUUUAGGAAAAAUAUUUUAAAGCUUCAAAAGGUUUUUAGGAAUCCCCAGAAGGCUUCAUGAACACAUUUGAGCAAAUUCAAAGUCCUAAACGAACGAAACACAAGAAACAUACAGUAGAAGAAUCCCCAACACCACCACACCAGCAUAAACAUCAUGACAAAGAGAAGAAACAUAAGAAAAAGAAACGAACGCCAUCACCGAUCUACAACGAGGAAAAGAAAACACUAAAAUAUGACGUGAUUUCGGAUGCAGAAGACGAAGUUCAGAUUUUGCCCCGAGAAGAAAAUGCGGAACAACAAGAAAGGCCGAAAUUCAAGCAACGAUUGCAGUCACAAGUAGGAUUAGUUAUCAAUAGCAAUACUGGCAGCGAGUUUUCCGAAAAUCAUCAUCGAAAACACGAAAAACAUCAUAGAAAGGAACGAGAUUCAAAGUAAGUCAUUUUAGGAAAAUAUACAUUAUAAUUUUCACUAUUAUUAAGAAGUUGUGUCGUUUCUCGGUUUUACGAUUCACUAAAUUAUAAUUUUUAGAGUUCACGUUAGCAAGAAUGCUAUCUUCAAACGUGCUGUAUCAUCCGCAAAGUUAGUUGUAAAUGUAGAUAGUAUUACUUCCAAAGCCGACAACAGCCAGACGAAGGUUUUGGUGGAAACAAAGGAAACGGCAUGUCAGGCUGAUUCUCCAGAUCCUACGAUUCAUCACGGUACAGAGAAAGAAGAACAGAAGCCUGUCAAAACGGUCAGGAAGCGACGAGCUGAUGAUCCUUGUAAGUUUUGUCUCAAAAAUUCUAUUAGGUAACAACUGUAUUCCUUUUAGUCGACAGUUUUUUGAAACAUAUUUUAAUUUGUACAUCUUUUGUACCUAAUUAUAAACAAAUCAUAUUUUUAGUAAGAACGGUAGCUCGUUUAAUGGGAAUGGAGCUUAAUAAGGUCAAGAAAAAGCCGGUAGAGGUGCCCGAAGUUGUCGAAGAAGAGAAAAAGGACAUAGCCAUAAGCACGGAAGAGGGUUCUGUAAGUCAUAGUAUUAUCUUUGACUUUUUUGCUGAUUGUGCGAGUUAUUUAACAUUUUUCAUUAAGGAAAAUUUGUUUUAAUUCAAAUUUUCUUAUUUUUAGAGUGGCACUGUUUCGAAAACUCCAUCGUUCUCUGGCUGGAACGGUCAAAUCACAUUGGGCGAAACGAGUAGCAGCAGCGACGAAGGAGAAGAAGCCGAAAUAGAUGCUCUAGUAGCAAGUGCAAUUCAAGAGCGUCAGGUAUUAGGCUCACAACUUCCUCCAACGGCCGCUCUUUCACGUCCUCAAUUAUAUGCAUCACAACAGGAAACAAUACAAACUUUGUUGAAACAAUCAGUCAUUACUCAUACUCAGAUCACUCAACAACAAGUAUCAGUGGCAGCACAACCGUCGCCUGUCAUCCCAGUCAACGAAAGAUGCCGAUUCUGGCCGAACUGUACCAAAGGACCAACUUGUCCUUAUAUCCACCCAACACAAACGUGCUCAAAGUUCCCUGGUUGCUUCUACGGGAACAAGUGCGUCUACAUUCAUCCAUUAUGCAAGUACGGAAUCAGCUGUACUCGGCCUAACUGUCCUUACACACAUAUCGAGGCUUCGGUGUAAGUUGGGUUUAGUUAUGGAUGAUAUAAUACUAUUAGUAUACUAUAAUAUAAAAUCUCUUUUUACAAUAUUUUCAUGACAUUAUUUACAGUACAACGCCCACCAAAGUCCCUCCGCCUCCUCCAAAAUCGACGAUCAUGUGCAAGUUCAAAGGACGCUGCGAGAAUCCAGGCUGUGAGUUCAAACAUCCUCCACCGUGCAUCUACGGAAUGGCAUGUAGAACAUACGGAUGCACGUUCCUGCAUCGAAAGCCCGACCUCAGCAAGUUUAAGUGGUCGAAAACGUAA